AUGAAGCUCACCGACGAGAGCAAGGCGUUUCACUACGCAGUCUAUGCGGUGGUAAACCAAAUCCCCUUCGGCUGUGCCACCAGCUAUGGCCACAUUGCGUAUCUUAUCGGAAGACCCCAAAAUUCCCGUCUCGUAGGCGCGUCCUUGAAACACUGCCACGAAAUUGUGCGGCAGUUGAACCUACAAUCUUCAGAAAAUGAUCUUAUAGACAUAGAUCGCUUGCCCUGGUGGAGAGUCAUCUCAGCCUCGGGAAUAAUUUCUCCUCGUGGAAAUACUGCUGGCGAAAUCUUACAAAAAAACCUUUUGACACAAGAAGGAAUUAUUGUGGAAGGCACCAAAGUGCUGUUGGAUGAAAACGGCUGGUUUCCAGACGAUGUGGACUUGUAA